AUGGCCAAGACGCCUCCACUGACCUCGUCUACACUACCCACCAACUCCAGCACCGCUCCUGUGCCAGAAGGAGGCAUCACUUGUGGCGCAACAGAAGGGAGCAUUACUUGUGAUGGUGCAACAGAAGGGGGCACCACUUGUGAUGGUGCAACAGAAGGAGGCAGCACUUGUGAUGGCGCAACAGAAGGAGGCACCACUUGUGAUGGUGCAACAGAAGGGGGCACCACUUGUGAUGGUGCAACAGAAGGAGGCAGCACUUGUGAUGGCGCAACAGAAGGAGGCAUCACUUGUGAUGGUGCAACAGAAGGAGGCAUCACUUGUGAUGGCACAACAGAAGGAGGCAUCACUUGUGAUGGCGCAACAGAAGGAGGCAUCACUUGUGAUGGCGCAACAGAAGGAGGCAGCACUUGUGAUGGCGCAACAGAAGGGAGCAUCACUUGUGAUGGCGCAACAGAAGGGGGCAUCACUUGUGAUGGCGCAACAGAAGGAGGCAUCACUUGUGAUGGCGCAACAGAAGGGAGCAUCACUUGUGAUGGCGCAACAGAAGGGAGCAUCACUUGUGAUGGCGCAACAGAAGGGGGCAUCACUUGUGAUGGCGCAACAGAAGGGAGCAUCACUUGUGAUGGCGCAACAGAAGGGAGCAUCACUUGUGAUGGCGCAACAGAAGGAGGCAUCACUUGUGAUGGCGCAACAGAAGGAGGCAUCACUUGUGAUGGCGCAACAGAAGGAGGCAUCACUUGUGAUGGCGCAACAGAAGGGGGCAUCACUUGUGAUGGCGCAACAGAAGGAGGCAUCACUUGUGAUGGCGCAACAGAAGGGAGCAUCACUUGUGAUGGCGCAACAGAAGGGAGCAUCACUUGUGAUGGCGCAACAGAAGGAGGCAUCACUUGUGAUGGCGCAACAGAAGGAGGCAUCACUUGUGAUGGCGCAACAGAAGGAGGCAUCACUUGUGAUGGCGCAACAGAAGGAGGCAUCACUUGUGAUGGCACAACAGAAGGGGGCAUCACUUGUGAUGGCGCAACAGAAGGAGGCACCACUUUUGAUGACGCAAUAAAAAGGGGGGGGGAAGCACCACCUGUGAUGACGCAACGCAAGAAGCAGCCUCCACCACCACCAGUGACGCAACUCAAGCAACCUAUCCAGGCAGCGAGAGGUAAAUUAUAUCAAGGAAGUUGA